AUAAGUUCAUUGUUAUUGCUAUUUAUUACUUAUCUUUGUGUAAAAGUUGAUACUUUUUCUCGUUUUCCCGUAGGGGCACUAUUUAAUCAUGAAACAAAUUCAAGAUCAGAAGAGGUAUUUAAAAUACUAUCGAGUUCGGACACUUCGAAACCAUUUCAAGGUCGUAUUCUUCAUCCAAACGUCAUCAACUCAUUGUCUAUAUCACAAGAAUUAUGCUCUGAUACUUCGGAAAAUAGAGGCAUCGUAGCUUUAAUCGAUGUGCGACCAACUAAUGGCAUUUGUGAUAUCUCUUGCUUGCUGUGUAAUAAAUUGCAUAUUUCCCACCUUUCCGUUGGUUGGCAAAUACCAGAUACCUCGGAUCAAGACGAGUUUUCAUUUUUCUACCAUCCGCCAUCAGAGCUCAUAUCAAAAGCUUACGCCACACUUAUCAAAGAGUUAGAGUGGGAUAGAUUUACGUUCUUCUAUGAAGAUGAUGGCAGUUUCAUACGUCUUCAGGAAGUAAUAAAUUCUUGGCCAUAUAAUAACGAACGGAUACAAUUUGAAAAAUUAGAACCCGAUGGAGAUAAUCGGAAGACGUUCAAAAAUGUAUUUGGUGUACUCCGAAUUAGUUACCACUUAAUAGAUUGUGACGUCAAAAACAUCCAGAAGUACAUGAAAGAAAUCGUUUCCGUGAACAAUUCAACACAAUAUCAGAGUUUUAUUUUAACAGCUCUCGAUUCGUACUUGAUAAAACUAGAUGAGAUCUCACAACUUCGUGCAAACGUAUCUACUCUACAUCUGACAAAAUCAAAUGAACCCAUUUGGAGUGAUUUCGGUAUAAACACUGCAGAAAUACCAGUUACGAUAGAGACAGCACUAACAGCAGAUGCGUUAAAUCAUUUUGAAAAGGCAAUUCGUAUUAUGAGACAGGAGAAUAUGAUGGAAUACGUUGAUCCACCAGAAAUAUGUUUUGCUGAGAACAAAGCUGCUUACAAAGAAAAAGCUUGGAUACAUGGUGAUGCUUUGAAGGAAGUAUUACUUCAGACUACAUUCAGAGGUACUACUGGAAAUAUAACUUUUGAUGAGAAUGGGAAAAACAGAUCAAAAGCUAUAACUUCGGAUUCUGUUGUUAGGAAUGCGGAAAUGGCGAUCAGUGAUAUUACAAUAACAUCGGAACGCAGCGCAGUUGUAGAGUUCUCGAUGCCGUUUAUGUCAUUGGGCAUUAGUAUGCUGGUCAGAGAACGCGAUCCCCAGGAACCCGAUAUGUUUUCUUUCAUCAAGCCUUUGGCUCUGGAUGUCUGGUUAUAUUUGGCCACUGCCUACAUAAUUGUAUCGUUCGUUCUACUAAUUUGUGCUAGAAUGAGUCAAGGUGACUGGGUUAAUCCUCACCCUUGUAACCAACAUCCUGAAAAUCUACAAAACAUUUGGAGCCUAUACAACUGUAUGUGGCUCACAGUCGGCUCUAUAAUGACACAAGGUUGCGAUAUAUUGCCAAGAGCGGCAGGGUCACGUUGGGUGACAGGAAUGUGGUGGUUUUUCGCCCUCAUUGUGACUGCAUCAUACACAGCUAAUAUGUCAACAUUUUUGAGUAACAGUCGACGUGAUAACGAUAUAAAAGAUAUCAAAGAACUUUCAGAACAAAAUGAAGUAUCGUACGGCGUUCUUAUUAAUGGUUCUACAUACAACUUUUUUGAGAACUCAAACGAUUCGGUGUAUCAGAAAAUAUGGACUGUUAUGAAAUCCGCUAAGCCAACGGUUUUUACCAACAACAAUGACGAAGGCAGAGAUAGAGUGGUUAGAAGUAAAGGAAAUUACGUCUUCUUUAUGGAAUCAACUGCUAUUGAAUAUUACAUGCAAAGAAAUUGCGAUUUGAAAAUGGUCGGUUCUAAGCUAGAUUCUAAGGAUUAUGGAAUCGUAUUGCAUAAAAAUUCUCCUUACAAGAGGCUUGUAGAUAAUGCUAUUUUAGCAUUGCAAGAGACAGGAGAUUUACUUACCACGAAAAAGAAAUGGUGGGAAAGUGAUGUUAAAGAAGGAAAUUGCGAGAAAUCUACAAACGAGGCAGAAGACAACGGUUCAUUGCAAAUGAAGAAUACCAGUGGAAUAUUUUUAGUGUUGGGUUUUGGAGGAAUAUUAGGUUUCUUCGUUGCGAUUAUUAAUUUCCUUUUACACGCGCGACAAAUUUCUGUUAAAGAAAAGGUGACCUUUAAGGAGGCUCUGCUGAGCGAGUGGCGCGCGUCACUGGACCCGCGUGUGCUGCACAAGCCCGCAGCGCCGCCGCGCUCCGCGCCGCCCUCGGCCUCGCCCACCCCGCGCCGCGAGCGCUCGCAGUCCCGAGCCGUCUCCGUGCUCAGAGCUGCCACCUCUUUCAUCAAUUUUGAUGAAAUAUAUUAAUUAUACCCGAAAAAGUGAUUUAACGAGGUAAUUGAUUAUCUGCUUAUAUUA